AUGGACAACCGGCCCGCCUCCGAGUACGCACAGUCAGGUUCGCACAACCACCCGUCCGUCACCGACGCACCUUCUGAACAUCCGCCUGCAGAACAAACUUCUGCUGCUGCCCCUGCUCACUACGCCCCACCCGACGUGAAGUACACGCCGCAGCCCGAGGUUCGACCCGCCAAUAUUUCGUCCUCCAACACACCGCAGCCGGAGUACGGAUUGAACCCUCCGCCCGCCCGCUCGCCCGCCUACCAGGACUACCUUCCGCGCCCGCAACCCUACGCUCCCAACUCUCAGCCCGGUGGCGCGCCGGCCGGUAUGGCUCAAGCAACAAGUCAGUUCCUGCCCGUGCCCGAGGCCCGUUCCUCUCCCAACUUCAAUUCUGACGCCGCCGUGCUAGAUCCCUCUCUCCCGGCCAACAGUCCCACUUACCCUCCUCCCUACUCCCCUUACCAGCCUCAGGGACACGAGAUGGCUCAGUACCAGGGUCACCCGCCCCCGCCUCACCAGAUGUACUCGCGCCCGGAGUGGCCGCAUAGCUACGGACAGCAACACCACAUGCCGGGGCCCUAUGCCUCGCCUGCUACAACGGUUGGUUCUGCCUCUCCCGCUGCGGCCGCAGGGCCGCGCCCUGGCCAGGUCUACUCUUUCGUCCCCAUUCCAGGGGCUCAGCAGCACAAGCGCCCCCGUCGCCGGUACGAGGAAAUCGAGCGCAUGUACAAGUGUGGGUGGCAGGGCUGUGAAAAGGCGUAUGGUACUCUCAACCACUUGAACGCGCAUGUGACAAUGCAGUCGCACGGCGCGAAGCGCACUCCCGAGGAAUUCAAGGAGAUCCGCAAAGAAUGGAAGGCCCGAAAGAAGGAGGAAGAGGCCCAGCGCAAGGCCGCUGAGGAACGUGAGCGUGCUGCUGCCCAGGCGGCGCAGGUCAACCAGGUCGACGCUCCUGGUCCCUCAGAUCCCUCUCAGGGUCAGCCCUCCGCUUACGCUGGCGGUGUUCGCCCUCAACUGCCUCCCAUCGGCUACCAGGCCGCUGAUGGCCAGGUGCCCAGCCAAUACGGCCCCCCUGGCGGUGGCAUGGUCUAUCAGAGCAACGGACAGAUGGGUUACCCUCCCAACUACCCUCACUCCCCUUAUCAGAGCGGUCCCGUGUACCAGCAACGUGAGUAA